AUGUUUCGAAGAGGUCGCUGUGCGAAAUGCGCUCAACCAUUUGUUAAUGAGGAAGCUAUCUUGGUUUGCGGACAAUUAUAUCAUGUAAAUCACUUAUGCUGUAACUAUUGCAAUAUAAGGAUAUCUUACAUCGAGGAAAGCUUCAUCAUUGGUGGUAUCAAAGUUGCCUGCACUCGUUGCUUUCACAAACUCAGCCCUAAAUGUUAUGUGUGCAAAAAGUCUGCUGUCAACGAAUAUGUCAUAAAUGGUGGUCGCUUAUAUCAUCCCAAUUGCUUUAAAUGUGUCCGAUGUCAUCGUAUUCUGGACGUGGAAUAUUUUGAAGAUGAAGAUGGUCGUCCAUUAGACAGAGACUGCCUUUGGGGAGAAGUGCUUAUGGAUCACAUUAUUCGUGAUAUUGAUAACAUCGUUCCUUCUGAAUACUGA